AUGACGACGGCAAUGGCUACGGACAUCGACUCCCUUCCUCAAGACCUCUUGGUCGACCUCUGCGUUUCCAUCGUCUCCUCCUCCCCCACGCCCCGCAAAGACAUCAUGCGCCUGCGAGCCUCAUGCAGGAGAUUUCACGAGGCGUCCGGGGCGAGGAAGGUUGGCCAGUGCAUGCCCGUGAGGAGAGAGCGUGUGUUUCAUUGGCUGGACGCGAAGGGUUACUUCGCCUUCCUCCGGAGCUGCGCUGAGUGCGGCAAUCUUGAGGCCAGCCUCUUCCUUGGACUGGAUGAAAUUUACAACCGGAGAAGGAAAAGCUUGGGACUGCACCAUCUUCACAAGGCAAUGAAGGGUGGCCAUCGAGUCGCAGCGUACACCCUGGGCAUCAUCUUGUUGCAAGACCCCGAGACGCAGCCACUCGGCAUCAAAACCUUGAACAAACUGGCCGCCAUGGAUCUUCCCGGUGCUCCUUCCGCCCACGAGAGUUUGAUAUCCGGAGACGUUCUCAUCGCGACGUGCCGAAGGGAGGCAGCCUCGGCCAUGAGGGACCUAACUUGGACGAGACUGCACCUGCGCCCCCGGAGGCCCUGCACAAACCGACUGUGUGGAAGAGUAGAAAAGGCCGGCAAAGCGAACCCGUGGUCGGGCGAGGAGAGCUAUAGAUUCUGCAGCCAGUUGUGUAGGUGGACACAUGAAUUGUACAAGUUCUCUGAAUUGAUUUGA